AUGUUCAUUCAAAACGAACAUGUCGGCGAUAGAAGCCGAAUGGAAGACUGGAGAAUUCGUGGCUACGACCCUUUGGCUCCACCGGACUUGUUGCAACAUGAAUUUCCUCUCUCUGACAAGAACAAGGACAUCAUCUUGAAGGGAAGAGAAGACACGUGCAACAUUUUGAAUGGAAAAGACGACAGGCUUAUCGUUGUCAUCGGUCCAUGCUCCAUUCAUGACCCUGAAGCUGCUCUUGACUACGCUGACAGAUUACACAAGCUUUCUGAGAAGCACAAGGGAGAGCUUCACAUUGUCAUGAGAGCUUACCUCGAGAAGCCCAGAACCACUGUCGGCUGGAAAGGUUUGAUCAACGACCCCGAUAUCGAUGGUUCAUUCCAGAUCAACAAGGGUCUUCGAAUUGCCAGAAAAAUGUUCGUCCAGUUGACUGAAAAGUUGCCAAUCGCAGGUGAAAUGUUGGACACGAUCUCUCCUCAGUUCUUGUCGGACUUGUUCAGUGUCGGAGCUAUCGGUGCUAGAACCACUGAGUCUCAGCUACACAGAGAGUUAGCUUCCGGCUUGUCUUUCCCAGUGGGUUUCAAAAACGGAACUGACGGUACUCUUGGUGUUGCCAUCGACGCCUUGAGAGCUGCUUCUCACCCACAUCACUUUUUGAGUGUCACGAAACCUGGCAUCGUUCUGAUCGUGGGCACCGAAGGUAACCAAGACUGUUUUGUUAUCUUGAGAGGUGGCAAGCAGGGCACAAACUACGAUGCCAAAUCGGUCAAAGAGACUAAGGAAGCUUUGGCUAAGGCCAAGGUUGUCGACCCAGAAAACCCAAAGCCAAGAAUCAUGGUGGACUGCUCCCACGGCAACUCAAACAAGAACCACAAGAACCAGCCUCUCGUGGCUGCUGAUGUGGCUAAGCAAAUCUCUGAGGGUGAGGACCAGAUUUGUGGUUUGAUGAUUGAGUCCAACAUUAACGAAGGCAGACAGGAUGUGCCUCCUGCUGAUAAGGGUGGUAAGGAAGCCUUGAAAUACGGCUGCUCCAUCACGGAUGCCUGUAUUGGCAUUGAUGACACGGAGAGUGUUUUGGAAACCUUGGCACAGGCCAUCAAGGCUAGAAGAGGAUUGAAGCUGUAG